AUGACAGACGACGGCAGAAAAGAGGAACUCCAGUCCUCUUCCGAUAAAACAGCCAAGAACCUGCACCCUGCAUAUUCUGUCACAAACGUUCAAUCCAAGAUACGUACCCUUGAUGGUACUAAGGUCACGUAUACCUCUUGGGUUAAAUUAUUUCGCCUUCAUGCGGUCGCCUAUCAAGUGCUUGAUCACAUUGAUAAUACCUCACCACCGAUUGAAACCGCACCCGAGUAUCAGUCCUGGAAAGAACUUGACGCUUUGGUUCUUCAAUGGAUACUCAACACUGUUUCUGAUAACCUACUGCCCCGGGUCAUGGAUAACACAACUACUGCUCGUCAGGCCUGGCUAAAACUGGAGAAGAUAUACCUCAGUAAUAAGAAGGCAAGGGCUGGAGCACUUGAAACUAAAUUCUGCAAUCUGACUUUGGCUUCCUGUUCGAACCUGGAUGAAUACUGUGAACGCCUUAAAGAUCUUGCAAAUCAGUUAGAAGAUGUGGACCACCCGGUUACUGAAGAACGGUUGGUGCUCCAGCUUGUUUGGGGGCUGCCCGCGGAGUAUGACACGACCGCCGCCCUUAUCAAUGCCAACAAUGCUGAUUGGGAUCUGGCUAGAAGUAUGUUGGAGGAUGAAGUUAUUAGACAAGAAGCUCGUCAAAAGAACACCCAUUCUGUCCAUGUUGCCACCGCCCCACAACAACAGCCGUCCCAACCCUACAACCCUUCGACUGGCUCUCAAAUCUACAACCCAUCACCACAGCCGUAUUCUAAUUGUCCUCGUGGCUGA